AAUGAUCAAUCAAUCCAAUCAGAGCAAGAAAGAGCAAUAGUAUUUUAAUUUCCAACAAUACAUCGAUUGGGUAUUUGAAGAAAAUUAAGAUACUUAUAUGUCUGAUCGUAAUCAAUUGAUUCCAACGCAAACAAACUUAGUAAUAACUGCAAUACAUGAUGAUUAAAUUUAAAACCUUACAUGGUUGUUUCGAAAAUGUCACAAUGAGAGAGAACAAACAAAAUAAGAUAAUGUAUUUCUAUAAUUUUAUCGCAUGAUCAGAUCAAUUUUUUUAUUUCUAUUAUUAUUUGUUAACAAAAAAAUAGAUGCCACAAGAAUAACAACUUUGAUGAAUUCAAUAAGUAUUUUAUAGGAUAAGAAAAUUCUCUAAUUAUUCCUAGCAGACCCUAGACUAGAUAUUUUGGAAUAAUAAUAUUCCCUGGAUUCAAUAUUACAAUAAGGAACUGAAUAGGAAAGAAACUUUCAAGUCCUACUUGAUAUUUGGUCAGAUCUAAAGGAUGAAAAGUUGGAUGGUUCAACAUUAACAUUACCUAAGUCUGAUUGUGAAUUUUUAGUUGAUUUUGCAAGAGUACAUGCCUGUUUAACUAUAUCCUAAAACAAUAAAAUAGCGGCAAAAAAAAGGGAGAAAGAAAAAUAAAUAACAUAAAUGAUGGAAUUAGAGAAGGAAAAACAAGCUUAGAGAUUGUUUUAGAGUUAAUUGAGGAAAGAACAAAUACAUUUUUUGAAAAUAGUAAAAAUUGUUCACAAGGAAGGAUCCCAAUCAAUUUUUCUAUAACCUAAUGGAAAUAUGUAUUUAUCAUAAAUUAUUUUUUAGAGUUAAGGGCAAGGUUUGGUUUCCAUAACAUACUCCUCAUCUUUGUCCUUUAUGGUUGAGUUCCAAUUUUGAAAUCCUAUCAUUAUACUUUAACAAUAACUUAAAUGCAGAUUUAAGAAAAUAUUGUGGUUUAAUAUCAUAUAAAGGUCCUGUUAAUGAUUAUUUUGAACCUCAUACAUAUGAGUUUGACAAUGAAAUAGAAGGGGUAAUGGAAGCAAUUUCAAAUGAUACGACUUAUAAAGGAGGGUUUAAAAAUGGGCUUAUUGAUGGAACGAAUAGAGUCUACUAUAAACCUAACGUAUUAUAAUAUUAUGGAGGACAUAAAAAUGGGUAAAAACAUGGAGAAGGAUAUAUUUUGGAAUAUCCUUCUUAACCAAAUUAGCCAAUAUAUAUGAAAGGUCAUUUUGAGUCAAAUUAGAAACAAGGUUUAUUUGUUAAUCACAUACUUGUUGACUCUACAAAAAGGGAAAAAAUAUUUUAGAGAUUGGGCAAUAUAUAAGAAUAUUAUAAGCAUGGAUAAAAAAGUGAGAUUGAAAUUUAAUAAUAUAAGCCCAGUUAAAAUCCAAGUUGCCAAUUAUUGAAUUUUUAUGAAUAUGGAAUAAAUAAUUUUUAACUAGCUUCACUUCGACCAGGAGGAUGGAUAAAUUCAAGUAUAAUUGAUAUUUUGCUGAAGUAAUUGUUAACUUUGGUAAAUAACUCAAAUCUUACAAAUCAAAAUAAUGGCAUUUCAAAAAUUAAAACAAUUUUUAUCAAUUGCAGUCAAUUUUAAGAUAUUUUUGGAAGCAUGGUAACAAAAGGUGAAAAAAUAAAUACGUAUGAUAUUCUUUUAUUUUUAGUGAAUUGAAUGAUAUAAAAUAAAGUAUUAUGAUGCACGAUAAAUUAAAUGGCAAUAAUGAUAAUUUUCAAAAUAUUCGAAUAGUAUUUUACUUUAACUUAGAUAGAAGUCAUUUUUUAUCAGCUUUAUAUGAAAGUGAACAGUUAUAUUUAAUUGAUUCUUUAAAAGAUAAUCGAAAAGCGGUUGUACACUAAAUUACAUAGUUCUUAUAAUUUUUUGGAUUAAAGGUUUAAGGAUUAAAUGAGAAUUUUAGGGUAAGUUAGCAACAAAACUCAUUUGACUGUGGAGCUUACACAAUAUUUUAUGUAAGUUAAAUAAUAAAAAAUCAACAUUUAACAAUAGAAUAAAUGAUUAAAAAGAAUUGCUUUGAAAUUUCAUAGCCAUAAAUAAACUAUUUAAGAUAUCUAAUCUAUUUAAACCUAAUAGGCGAUGGAGCAUCAAUCAUGUAAUUGUGA